AGGAGUGGCGUGCAGGCGGUUCAAACAUGAGCAAGAUGGCGGGAGUGGUUCGGGGAGAGCGAGCUAAAGCUUGUCUGCAGCAGCAGCGCUCUUCUCCUUCAACAUUCUACAAGAGCUCCUCCUCUGUCUAUGGGUCCUCGUCUCCAUGCUGCCGGCCCACUUCUUCUCACUCCUCUGCACCCUCCAGUGCAACUCCCGUCCGCAAAAAUUUUCACAAGGAAAACCUCAACCGGCUGGCCUUUCUCGAGGAACAGAACCGCAAGAAAAACCAGCAUUACAUGCCACAUGACGGAAAGGAAUCUCGAUCUAGACACCCGAAAUCGACUGUCAAGUUUAUCAACGAUCAGGAUGAAGAGUGCGACAGCGAUGCUUCGAGAAAAUCUACCCCUGAAAAGACUCCAAACAAGACUUGCGGAUCAGACGACACCUCUUUCAGUCUUCGUUCAGCUGGACAGCCAGAUGUCCUGACCCAUGUCCAACGGAGCGGCAAGGAGGUCGCUGUUGAACGAUUGCACAGCACGUCACUCAAACAAGACAAAAACCGGUUCAAUGUCUUUUUCACACCCUGCGGUAUACCGUACACUCAAGUUCAAAGCCCGCGGAUCAGAAGGGAGAGAGAUCUCAUCGACAGGAUUGAAAGCUCCCUCCCGUCUGACAGCCGCCUCAAUUUUCGACCGACUUCAGCACCGGAACGGAAGCUCAAACCAGGCGAGAUACCAGGAUACUUGUCACGAAGGAAGCAGGAAGCCAGAGCAGAGGCGGUCAGGAGAGCCGAUGAAGCGAUGAAGGCCUUGGUGCCCCCAGGCUUUCGGUUGAUUGAAGAGGCAGAGAAGCGGUCCCUGCUGGCCGAGGUUCGAAGAUUAUGGGAGGAAACCAUGUCGGAAUAUCUCAAGCUCCCAGUGCAAGGCUUGACGCCGUCUAAGGUGCAGAAGCGACGAAUGCUUGAGAAAACAAUCGACGACUUGGAGGCGAACAUCAAGAUUUUCCAGUCCGAUGACUCUCUCAUUUUACCUGAAACUUUCUCUCUCUCGACCUUCCGACCAGCCAUGCCGCCCAUGUCAGAGGGCCAGCGAAUCAAGAUGCUAAACGAUAGGCCGAGACCUUUCUAGCUUUCUUGCUGCCAGUUAAGCUGUAAUCUUGAGCGUGUUGCAUGUGAGCCUCGUGUAUUAUGCUAGGUCGCAGUCUCGCGGUAAUGCGUACACAGGUAUGCUAGACAACGAAGAGAACUGAGGUGACUGAUAUCUGCAAAUAAUGAAUCAGAAG